AUGAUAUCCCAAGGCCCUGUCACAAUUUCCAAGCCCGCAGCUAGCGAGAAGGAGCCACAAAGCUCAAUCGAAGGCGGGUUCAAUGAGAUCUACGAACCCACCGUGCACCAGAACCAGCUCGGCUCGACGGAAGGACAUGUCUUCUCCGACUCCCGACGCGCAGAGCACUGGCGCAGGGUGUACGAGAAAUCAAAAUAUGAAGGCAGAGCCAGGUUCGACCCCACGUUGACCUGGUCUGCCUCAGCUGAGAAACGUUUACGAAGGAAAUUGGACUGGAGAGUGAUGGUAUGGGUUUGGGUCAUGUUUUCCUCCUUGGAUUUAGUCCGCCGGAAUAUCAAUCGUGCCAUAUCAGACAACAUGUUGGACGAUCUGAAUUUGAGUACCAACGACUACAACUACGGCCAGACCAUCAAUCUACUCGCUUUCCUGGUCGCAGAACUCCCUGGUGGUCUCAUCAGCAAGAAGAUUGGCCCAGACCGCAUGACGCCAAUUGCCAUUUUUCUCUGGGGCACUGCCUGUUGCUGUCAAGCGGCGAUGACCAACAGAGCGUCAUUCUUUGUUCUGCGUGCAUUGGUCGGCGUGUUCCAAGGUGGCUUCAUCCCGGAGAUGGUCUUGUACCUCUCCUACUACUACAAGAGCAACGAACUCCCCAUCAGACUCUCCAUAUUCUAUACUGCAAUUCCCCUCACGCAGAUAUACGGUGCUCUCUUGGCAGGUGGCCUGUUGGCGAUGCGUGGAGUAAAUGGCUGGGCUGGUUGGCAGUGGCUGUUUCUGAUCGAAGGCCUAAUAUGUGUCGUUGUCGCCAUAAUCAGCUUCUUCGUGAUGCCAGCUUCAGUUACCGAAGGAGCUGUCCUCUUCCGUCGCAAAGAUGGCUCGAAUGCAUGGUGGUCAACAGAAGAGGAGAAGAUUCUAGUGAACCGCAUCCUUCGGGACGAUCCCACCAAGGGCGACAUGAACAAUCGCCAAGCAGUCGAUAUGAAGGGCAUCUGGGGAGCCCUAACGAACAUUGAUCUUUGGCCGUUGUACAUCCUCGGCGUCACCGCAUGGAUCCCAUAUCAGCCCAUUGCGAAUUACCUAUCCCUCACUCUCCGCACCCUCGGGUACUCUGUUUUCGAAUCCAACCUGCUCGCCAUACCCGGAUAUGUCAUUUUCGCGAUCAACGUGCUCGUCGCCGGGUGGGUGUCGGAGAAAGUCCAAGAACGUUCUCUGGUAGCCUCCAUCAGCAACAUCUGGAUGCUCCCCUUCUUCAUCGGCCUUGUCGUCAUUCCUCCCUCCGCGAGUCCCUGGGUCCGGUAUGCACUUUUGACAGGGGUCAAUGGCAUCCCAUACACGCAUAGCAUUCUCGUCGGCAUGACAUCGCAGAAUGCGAAGAGCGUCGGCACGCGUGCCGUCUCGACGGCUGUGUAUAAUAUGUGCUACCAGGUCGGUAGUGUCGUUGCUGUCAAUGUCUAUCGAGACAAUGACAAGCCUUACUAUUACACCGCUGAUAAGGCGCUGGUUGGGCUUUGCUCCGCGAAUAUUGCUCUCUUCAUCGGGAUGAAACUGUUUUAUAUGUGGCGGAACAGCGUCAAGAAGGCUAGAUUUGCCGCACUUAGCCCGGAGGAGAGGUUAUAUGCUGUUGACCAACAAUACGUACACUAA